AUGACUGCCACUAAGUGGCUCACAGAACUGAAGGAGGCUCCAGGAGAGUCUCAAAUUAAGGUUGCAUUUGUUAAAGAUGGCAAUUUAAUUUAUAAAGAUGGACUUUCUAAUUUAUAUUUUGUUUUGCAGGAAGGAAAAGGGAAGGAUCAAGUCACCAGCUUCAGUCUUAGCCAAAGAAUUACAAGUUUAAAUGAAUCUCUGAAUAGUGUAAAAAAUAAACUGCCUUACAUUCAGAACAAUAUUGAUCCUAACACACUGAAUGGUAAUCAAAGUAGUUUAGAGUUAAAUGGCUUUAAUUCUAUUUUAUGUAAUGUUUCUAAAAAAUUCAGUGUUGCUGAUCUUGUGAGAAAACAAAUUGUUUUUAAACCACUUUACACAUCCACACAAAAGGAGAAGAGUACUCCAUCUUUGAAACAAAUACUUAAUGAGAAAGAAGUUUUUCUUCAAAAGAAAAUCAAAGUUGUAAAUGAACCUUCAAAUUUAAGUGAGUCUUCAAAUGACACAAGCUCUACAUCAAUGGAAGUCGACAGUGAUGUUAUGAUUAUUGGAAAAGGAGAAGGUAUUGCAAUUGUUGGUGAUGGAAUUGUGAUAGAGAAAAUAGAGCCAACACAACCCAUGGCUGCUCCAGUAUCAGGAACAGCUGAAAUGGAACUUACACAAUAUGGACAAGACAUAAUAUCAUCAAGGAUAAUUAACAGUGGAUCCUCUAUCAACACAGAGAUGCUGGAGCCUAUAGGAAAGGCCUGCCUUCAAAAUGUUGCCUUUGCACUCCAGUCUCACUUUGGAGGGACAGUAAUGGAAAGCUUUGAAGUGAUGCUGAAGAACAGCUUUAAUCUUGUGACUACCAUCUACGAGCUUCAGAUGGUGCACGUGCAGCUAGACGAGGAACGCCCGAGUAAUGAAGCUAAAUGUGAAAGCAAAGGCGGGUAGAUUAGUUUAUAUCUAACUGAUCUUUGGACCUACGAGAAAUGAUUACUGUCUUUUUUUUUUCAUAUAAUUUAAAGCUACAGAAUACUAUUUAUUUUUACAUUUGAUCUUGCUUCAAUUCUGUGAAGGCAUUUUAAUUUAAUUUGAUCUACUUGUUCAAAUAUAUACCUAAGUCAGUUGUAUAAUUUAUUUUUGAUAUUAAUACAAUUUUUUUAGAUUAGCGUAAAACUCCCUUAAACCAAUAACAAGUUUAGUUAAUUGAAGUACAAUAAAUAUGUCAUUAAUAAGGGCAUACCACCGAUGACAUGCUUUGAACAUUGGGCAUGUGGCUAUGGUUUACUGAGAAAAAUACACAAAUAGGCUGCUGUUAGUCAUUUGUUCAGAAGUGGUUUAUCACUUAUUACCUCAUUUUCAAGGAAUUCUUUGUUAUAAUUCUUCAAGCCAUUGACUUGUAUUAUUUUAGUGCUAUAUAUAGGUUUGAUAUGUUGACUGAUGUAAUAGUGCUCUAAUAAAUGGCUCAUUACAUAAACACAUGCAGUUGAUGCCACAAUGUAUGUCAACACGUGCAGUUGAUGUCAGAAUGUAUGGCAACACGUGCAGGUAAUGCCACAAUGUAUGGCAACACAUGGAGUUGAUGCCACAAUGUAUGGCAACACAUGUAGUUGAUGCCACAAUGAAUGGCAACACAUGAAGUUGAUGCCAAUGUAUGGCAACACGUGCAGUUGAUGCCACAAUGUAUGGCAACACAUGCAAUUGAUGCCACAAUGAAUGGCAACUCAUGCAGUUGAUGCCAAUGUAUGGCAACACGUGCAGUUGAUGCCACAAUGUAUGGCAACACAUGCAAUUGAUGCCACAAUGAAUGGCAACACAACUUUUCUCAUGUUCACCCAUUUUGAAAAUUAAUAAAAAAUAAAAUUUGCUUUCAU